AUGGUGUUUGCAUCGAGUGGUCGCCAUCCGCCACCGCUGCCGCCGCCGCCUCCUCCUCCUUCAUCGUACCAGUCCUGGCAGAAGCCGACCCCGCCGAAGCCCGAGUCCUUGGAGAAUCCCGGUACGGUGGAGGAGCUGUUCAACAAGGUGCGCGAGACACAGCCGAACUGCUUCGAGGGCGCCAAGAUAAUGCUGAACAAGGCGCUGAGCAACCACUUUCAGAUGUCGCACACGCUCCACAUAAACAACACGUCGCCCAGCUACCACUUCCAGAGCAUCUACGCGGGCACCCAGAAGCACACCGCCACCGAAGCGUACCCCGUGCUGUUGGCCGACCUCGACGGACAGGGCAAUCUCAACUGCAACCCUCCUCCAGUCCGUGGCCCCCGCUGGACCGUCGGCUCGGAGUUGGCCUACCAGUGCGGCUACAAUGUGCCGGGCGGCCAGAACGCCAUCGUCUCGCUGGUGGGACGCUACGACAACGGCCAGUCGAUGUCUUGCGCCAAAAUCGGGCCGCCGGGCAUCCAUCUGGGGCACUAUCGGAAGUGCAGCGAACAGCUGCAGAUCGGACUCGAGGUGGAGACCUGUCUGCGCACGAUGGCCUCGGUGGCAACGAUCUCCUAUCAGUCGAAGAUACAAAAGGGGGACGUUCAGUUCCGCGCCAGCCUCGACACCAGCUGGCGCGUCUGCGGGGAGCUCGAGAAGCGGCUGCAGCACUCCCCCUUCACGUUUCUGCUCUCUGGUUGCAUGCAGCACAAAACGGGCCAGUUUAAAAUCGGAGCCGGGGUGGUCAUUGGCUGA